AUGCUUGAAUGGUUUUUUCUCUGCAGCUUCGUUGCUGCCGGCUCUUUACCAUCCACGAGUUCCCUUCCCGACGGCCUGGUGCCGCAGACACAGGAGCUGACUGACGUGGCAAGACGGACAGCCAGGUUCUUGUCUUGCCGUGUAUGCGAGGAAAGAGUAACGUCGUUGCUGGCAAUCUUCCGCAGCGAAAUCGAGAAAGCUUAUUCCGUGGAUGAGGAUUGGGCAGAAAAACUGCCUGAAGGAAUGGGAAGUGCCAGGCAGCUGUGCGACAUGAAAGACUUGUCGGCACUACUGCUCGGACAGCGGUUGGACAUCGACCUCCACGAUGAUGGUUCGGCAUCCCUAAAGAAGGCCGUCGUCACCCAAGAGGUGUUCUACCCGGAGACACUGCACAGCGAGAAGUUCCACUACAAGUCCUACAUGGUACAGCACGCUUGCAUGAAAGCUUUCGAUGAUAUGGAGCUUAUUGCAGAUGCUGUGGCUCGUGCCUACGAAGGCGCACGGCGCAGAGGCGCCUCAGAUGCGCAACUGCUCAUGAUGCUGAACAGAGCUGGAAGAGCGGCCUGCUCGCAGACACGGGCCUGUGUAGACGAGGGCGAGCUGCGGAAAUCGAUGGCCGGAGCAAAGCCUCGCCAGAAACGCCCAGCUCACGCAGAGCUCUGA